CUAAAAUUUUGCUUAUUUCAAUUAUGUAAUCAUAAUAUAUACCAUAAUUUAGGAUUAUGGCAAUUUAAAAAAACGAUUUUAUAUAGAAAUAUUGGAUCUAAGGUGAAUCCAAAAGUUUUAUCUCUUCGAAAUAAAUUGUUGUAUUGCGAUUAUUUAGAUUAUAAAGAAGUAGGAUUUGCAAAACUUAAAAAAAUACAAAAACAAAAAAUAGAACAAGAAAAUGCGAUGAGAUUCGAAAUAAAUGAGAAAAAAACAUAUAGUAUUAUGCUAGAUGAAUGGUUAAAAGAUAAAGAAGAGACCAAUAUUCUUGAAGAAAAAAAAGAUGAAGAAAAAAUUGAUAAAUGUGAAAAUGAAACUGUGAAAAAACAAAAACCUAUAUAUAUGCCAUAUGCGGCAGUAGACUCAUAUGAAAUAACUGAUACAAAAAUGCUAGAUGAUAUUAAUACAGAAAAAGCAAAUAUAAAUUUACCAAAUGAAAAGUACAAAGAAUUGUAUGAAAAAUAUUUACAAAUAAAGCAGAAUAAUACUUUGAAUGACGAUAAAAAUAUUCCUAUAUUUGAAGAUAUAGAAAAAAACAAUAAUAUACCAAAAGGAGAAUUGUGGAAAAUUCCAUCUACUUGGAUGACUGAUUAUGAACAGUUUGACGAUACUUUACUUAAUAUACAUUAUAAUUGUUAUGGUACAUCAGAUCCUGAUUCAGAAGUCAGUUCUAUACCAUGUGGUGGCUGCGGUGCUUUACUGCAUUGCAAAGAUCCAGAAAUUCCUGGAUAUUUACCAUUAGAAUUAUUUUCAAAGAAUAAUGAAGACUUGAAAUCAACAAUAUGUCAAAGAUGUCAUUUUUUGAAGUUUUACAAUUCAGCUUUGGAAGUGAAAGUAUCAAUUGAAGAUUAUCCUAACUUACUUAAAGUAAUUAAAACUAAAAAAUGUGCCAUUAUUCUUAUAGUCGAUCUGACUGAUUUCCCUUGCAGUAUUUGGCCUGAUUUAAAAACUAUCAUGCAUCCUUUUACUCCUAUUUUUCUUGUUGGGAAUAAAGUAGAUUUAUUGCCUAGAGAUUCUCCAAAGUUUCUUGAGAACAUUAAGCAACUUUUAACAAAUACAGUAGUCCAGGUAACUGGUGUGAAAAAAGAAAACAUUACACAUGUCCAACUCAUAUCUGCAAAAACUGGAUAUGGUAUAGAACAGUUAAUAAAUAAGUUGCAGUACAAAUGGAGAUAUAAAGGUGAUGUAUAUUUAGUUGGCUGUACGAAUGUUGGAAAGUCUUCUUUGUUCAAUACAUUAUUAAAUUCCGAUUACUGUAAAGUAAAAGCUAUCGAUCUCGUACAAUGUGCUACAGUGUCUACUUGGCCAGGAACUACAUUAAAUUUACUCAAAUUUCCAAUUUUAAAUCCGAAUAUGAAAAAACAAGCGAUAAGAACACAAAGGCUUAUAAAGGAAAAAUUUUAUAGGAUGCAAGAGUCAAAGUAUAGGGAUUAUAAAUUUAAAGAAACAGGAAAUAUGAUGUUUGCAACAUUAGAAGAACAUGUUGGUAAAUCAUUUACCAAGUACUCAAUAAAAGAUGAGAGUAUCGAUCCUUUUUUAGAAAAAUCGCAUAAAUUCAUGACGAAAAAGAUUUUUUUAAAUGAACCCGAGUACGAAAGAAGUCGUUGGUGUUAUGAUACUCCGGGUACUAUUCAGAAAGACCAAAUACUGGAUUUAUUAACUACUGAUGAAUUAUUGUUAACAUUACCACAGGAAAUUAUUACACCAAGAACAUUCAUGUUAAAACCAAAACAAACUAUAUUUGUAGCUGGUAUGGGAAGAUUAGAUUAUCUUGAAGGAGAAUACUUUAUACGAUGCACUUUGUUUGCAAGUAAAAAAUUACCUAUAACAAUAUGUUAUACUUUUGAUGCAGAAGAGAUAUAUAAUCAAUUGUUAGAAACUGAAGCUUUUGUCGUACCUACAAACGAUCAAAAUCGAUUAAAAAUAUGGCCGAAAUUCAAAUCAAAGGAUAUAAAAAUAACUGGUGUGAAAAAUGAAUCUGCUGGAGAUAUUGUAUUGUCAAGUAUAGGUUGGAUCGCAAUUACACCAUUUGAAAACAAUAGCGUCUCAUUAAGAGCAUGGACGCCAGAAGGUCGUGGAAUAUAUUUGAGAUGUCCAGCAUUGCUAAGCAAAUCAGUGCAUCUUUGCGGUUCGAGAAUUCAAGGUACUCCAUUGUAUUCAUUAGGACGAAAAGUAUUUAUUAAAUAUUAAAUUGAAUUUAGAAUUUUAUCUUGAUAUUAAUUAAAUUAUUAAUAUUUGUUUAUAUUUGAUCGAUUUAAAAUUGCAUUUAUCUUUCGUCUAUCGAAUAAUUGAAAGAAAAGUAUAUGUUUUUAUAAUGUAAGAUUUUUCAAAUUUCAAAAUCCGAAUAAUUGUUAUUGCAUACAAUAAAAUGUUGUUAUUUUUGUGUA